AUGCAAAUGUUGCUUCUCGGUGAUGUUCUCAGGGAAGGCACUCCCAUAUCAGUCAACCCGCUACUAAUAUGGGCAUGGGCUGGACUCCUCAUCAAUGCCAUCAACAGCAUCCCUGCAGGGGAACUUGAUGGGGGACGAAUAUCUUUUGCUAUAUGGGGUAGAAAGGUAUGCCAUUUCAGGCUUAUGCAAACAGCAGAUGUAAUGUGUAGCUGUGUUUUCUCCUAUGAGUUCACAAACGACCUGACUGUAGUCCGUGAUGAUAAUCCGAUUGUUUGCCAUCUAGCCAUGAAGGAAAAAAUGAAAUAUAGCAAAGGAGUGUUUUAUCUGAUCCAGUUUUUCAUUUGGCAGGCUUCAUCUCGCUUCACAGGUGCUUCCAUUGUACUGCUUGCACUGUCAUCAUUGGUGAACGAUGUGGCAUUUUACUGGGCAGUUCUGCUAUUCUUUUUACAGAGAGGGCCAAUUGCUCCACUCUCUGAAGAAAUUACAGAUCCCGACAACAAGUAUGUAGCCCUUGGAGUCGUAGUUUUGGUGUUAGGACUAUUGGUUUGCUUGCCAUAUCCCUUCCCUUUCACAAGUGAAGCCAUCACAAGUUUUUAG